GUCGUGUUUUCCUUUCUUCUUUUUACAACGCAGCUCGUGGUCGGUCGUGCCACGAUUUCUGCAGUAAAUUCGUGAAUUUUCAUUUCAAUCGUCGAGUUUGAAAAAAAAAAAAUUACGAUGGAAUACAUUGGCCAAAGUAGCAGUGCUCCUGGAAUGGACCAAGUUUCUACGAAAAACAAAAUCUUGUGUUGCGAAUGCGGGGUUCCGAUCGAGCCGAAUCCAUCCAACAUGUGCGUGGCCUGUCUACGGACGCAUGUGGAUAUCACGGCAAACAUUCCCAAACAGGCAGUUAUUUUCUUCUGCCGGAACUGCGAACGCUAUCUGAAUCCUCCGGCCGAGUGGGUCCAGUGUAGUCUCGAGUCGAAGGAGCUACUGUCGGUUUGCCUAAAACGGCUGAAGGGUCUUAAAGAGGUUAAGCUGGUGGAUGCCGGAUUCAUCUGGACCGAGCCGCAUUCGAAGCGUAUUAAGGUGAAGCUUACCGUGCAUGGGGAGGUCAUGGAUGGGGUCGUUUUGCAGCAGGUCUUUGUUGUCGAGUUUACCGUUAACAAUCAGAUGUGCAACGAUUGUCACCGGACAGAGGCGAAAGAUUUCUGGCGUUGUUUGGUUCAGGUUCGUCAGAAGUCUCUGAAUAAGAAGACGCUCUUCUAUCUGGAGCAGAUGAUUCUUAAACACAAAGCACACGAGAACACAUUGGGUAUAAAGCCGUCUCCUUCCGGAGGACUGGAUUUCUACUAUGCCACGGAUGCCCACGCUAGGAAAAUGGUUGACUUUGUGCAAGCGGUUCUUCCGGUGAAGGUGACCAACUCGAAGAAGCUGAUUUCCCACGACAUUCACAGCAAUUCGUACAACUACAAGUAUUCCUACGCGAUCGACGUGGUUCCGAUCUCCAAGGGAAGCUUGAUUUGCCUGAACAAGAAGUUGCAGCAGCAACUGGGUCACAUUUCUCCGGUUUGUCUCGUUACAAAGGUAGCAAACGCAAUCCAUCUGAUCGAUCCACAGACGGCUCAAAUGGCCGAAGUGCAAAACAUGGCUUUCUGGAAAAAUCCUUUCGAGGCGAUUUGCAAUCCUAAACAGAUGGUUGAAUUCGUCGUGAUGGAUGUGGACAUUGUUCGAGAUCAGGAAAAGAAAGCUUUCCCAGGUCAGGGUCCAGUUUCUUUUCGACAUCUGCUAGCCGACGUUUGGGUGGUAAAAGCAUCGGAAUUGGGAAUCAAUGAAAACAACAUUCACGCCCGAUCCCAUCUGGGCCACUUGUUGAAGGUGGGUGAUUCGGUGAUGGGAUUCGAUCUUCGGGAAGCCAACAUCAACAAUGGCGAGUUUGAAAAGCUUAAGCAGGACGCGAUUCCGGAUAUCUUGCUGGUGAAGAAGUUCUACGAUAAAUCCGUCCGUAAACAGCGCCGCAAUUGGAAGCUGAAGCAUCUGACAGAAGACAUUGCCCUGGAUACCGAUAUCGAGAACGACUACAACGAAUUCCUCGAGGAUUUGGAAGAGGAUGCUGAUAUGCGUCAGAACGUCAACAUCUUCAAGGAUUCCAGUAAGCAGAUGCCGGUUGAUGUCAACGAUAUGGCCGACCCAUCGGAACCGAGGAUCACGCUGGAGGAAAUGCUCGACGAUCUGGUACUGGACGAUGUCGAAAUGGCUGAAGCUUGAAAGUUUGAUGAAAUACAAAAAAGCACUAGUAUUUUGUUACAAAAUAAAUUACACUUUAUUUGAGACAAA